AGCAUCCCUUCCUCUCUCUUCCUCUCUCUCUCCAGGUGAUCACCCCGUUCCGUAGGCUCAUCCUCUGCGCCGAGAACAGGAAAGAGAUGGAGGACUGGAUCAGUUCGCUCAAGUCCGUCCAGUCCAGGGAGCAUUACGAGACGGCACAGUUUAAUGUGGAACAUUUCUCAGGGAUGCACAACUGGUACGCCUGCUCCCACGCACGGCCCACCUUCUGCAAUGUCUGUAAAGACAGCUUGUCUGGGGUCACAUCUCAUGGCCUCUCCUGCGAAGUGUGCAAGUUCAAAGCCCACAAACGCUGUGCCGUAAGAGCCACUAACAACUGCAAAUGGACGACCUUGGCCUCUAUAGGGAAGGACAUCAUUGAAGAUGAGGAUGGGAUUGCCAUGCCUCAUCAGUGGUUGGAGGGCAACCUGCCUGUCAGUGCCAAAUGUGCCGUGUGUGAUAAGACAUGUGGCAGCGUGCUAAGGCUGCAGGACUGGCGCUGCCUCUGGUGCAAAGCCAUGGUGCAUACAGCCUGUAUGGACCUGUACCCUCGCAAGUGUCCUCUGGGUCAAUGCAAAGUCUCCAUCAUUCCCCCCACGGCGCUCAACAGCAUCGAUUCAGAUGGCUUCUGGAAGGCCACCUGUCCCCCGUCGUGUGCCAGUCCCCUCCUGGUCUUUGUCAACUCAAAAAGCGGCGACAACCAGGGGGUGAAGUUCUUGCGACGCUUCAAGCAGCUUCUCAACCCGGCCCAAGUCUUCGACCUGGUCAACGGGGGUCCGCACCUCGGCCUGCGUCUGUUCCAGAAGUUUGACAAUUUUCGGAUCCUGGUGUGUGGCGGGGACGGCAGCGUGGGAUGGGUCCUGUCAGAGAUAGACAAACUCAAUCUCCACAAGCAGUGCCAGCUGGGGGUGUUGCCCCUCGGCACCGGCAACGAUCUGGCCCGGGUGCUGGGCUGGGGCCCUUCGUGCGACGAUGACACCCAACUGCCCCAGAUCCUGGAGAAGCUGGAGCGGGCCAGCACCAAGAUGCUGGACCGCUGGAGCAUCAUGACCUACGAGAUCAAGAUCCCACCCAAACACAGCUGCCCCACCACACCCGAGGGAGCCGACGACUGCCAGUUUCACAUUUCAGCGUAUGAACACUCAGUGACCACUCACCUCACAAAGAUCCUCAACUCAGAGCAGCACUCUGUGGUCAUCUCCUCUGCCAAGAUUCUGUGCGAAACAGUGAAGGAUUUUAUUGCCAAAGUGGGGAAAGCGUAUGAGAAAAGCACAGAGAACCUUGAGGAGUGCGACUCCAUGUCUCUCAAAUGUGCCAUCCUGAACGAGAAGCUGGACUCCCUCCUGCAGACGCUGAACGCAGAGUCCCAGUCCCUGCCGCCGCUUCCCCACUGCACCCCUCCGAUCGUGGAAGAAGAACAAGAGGAGGAGGAAGAGGAGGAAGAAGAGGAGGAGGAGGCCAGCGAGGAGAGCCUGACGGAGCUCAAGGGGAAGCUGGAGGAGGAGGAGACGGAGAAAGGGCGGGGGGGCAGCGGGCCCCCCCAGCAGCUGUUUAAAAGCCGGGACCAGCUGAUGCUCAGGGCCAACAGUCUGAAGAAAGCCGUCCGGCAGAUCAUAGACCAGGCUGUGAGAGUGGUGGACGAGCAGAACGCCCACACGGAUGACACGGAGCUACCGUCGCCACUGGAGUUCAGGAAGGACAGCGAGGACGAGAACAGGGACAGCGAGAAGGACGAGGACACCAAGGAACUGGAGGCGGUGUCGUCCGCCCGGAGCCCCUGCUCCCCGACAGAGAGCAGAGUGAGCCGCAGCACCCAGUCGUACGGCCCCUUCACCAUCACCCCCUUCACCACCAGCAAGGAGAACCUCCCCGUGCUCAACACACGCAUCAUCUGCCCUGGGCUGCGAGCCGGGCUGGCCGCCUCCAUCGCCGGAAGCUCCAUCAUUAGCAAGAUGCUGCUGGCUAACAUUGACCCGUUCGGCGCGACACCCUUCAUCGACCCCGACCUCGACUCGCUAGAUGGCUACAUGGAGAAAUGCGUCAUGAAUAACUACUUUGGCAUCGGCUUGGACGCCAAGAUCUCUCUGGAGUUCAACAACAAGAGAGAGGAGCAUCCAGAGAAAUGCAGGAGUCGUACGAAGAACAUGAUGUGGUAUGGUGUUCUGGGCACCAAAGAGCUGCUGCAAAGAACCUACAAGAACCUGGAGCAAAAAGUGCAGCUGGAGUGUGACGGUCAGUACAUCCCCCUGCCCAGCCUACAGGGGAUUGCAGUGUUGAACAUCCCCAGCUACGCAGGCGGAACCAACUUCUGGGGCGGCACCAAGGAGGACGAUAUCUUCUGUGCUCCAUCGUUUGACGAUAAGAUCCUGGAGGUGGUGGCCGUGUUUGGGAGCAUGCAGAUGGCCGUGUCCAGAGUCAUCAAGCUGCAACAUCAUCGCAUAGCCCAGUGUCGAACGGUGAAGAUCACCAUCCUGGGAGACGAGGGCGUUCCCAUCCAGGUGGACGGCGAGGCCUGGAUCCAGCCGCCCGGAGUAAUCAAGAUCCAGCACAAGAACAGAGCGCAGAUGCUCACCAGAGACCGGGCGUUUGAGAACACGCUGAAGUCAUGGGAGGACAAACUGAAGUACGACAAGCCCCCGCUGCGGCCUCACCUCUACCCGCAGCAGUCUGUGGAUCUGGCCACAGAGGAGGAGAACGCCCUGAUGCAGAUGUGCGCCCGGGCGGCCGAAGAGCUCAUCACAAGGAUAUGCGAAGCCGCCAAAACCAACGGGCUUUUGGAGCAGGAGCUGGCUCACGCUGUUAACGCCGCGUCUCACGCCAUCAACAAAAUGCACCCCAAGUUCCCAGAGAGUCUGACUAGGAACACUGCUAUCGAGGUGGCGAGCACCGUCAAGGCGCUGCACAACGAGACUGAGUCCCUUCUGUUGGGACGAGUCUCUCUGCAACUGGACCCGCCUGAGGAGGAGCAGCUGUCCAGUGCUUUGCAGAGCCUGGAUGUUGAACUGGGCAAACUGGGAGAAAUCCCCUGGCUGUACCACAUACUGCAGCCCAACGACGAGGAGGUUGACUGUGCUUAUGUACCAGGACCCCUCUCUGGGUUACGGCAAGAGGAACAGUCGCAGCAGCGUGUUCCGCAUAGUGCCCAAGUUCAAGAAGGAGAAGGCCGCCAAGAAGACGAGCCCUCAGUCAGUGGAGAGGUGGGGCACAGAGGAGGUGGGCGUCUGGCUGGAACAGCUGAGUCUCGGGGAGUACAGAGACACCUUCAUACGGCACGACAUCCGAGGCUCAGAGCUGCUGCACCUGGAGAGGAGGGACCUAAAGGAUCUGGGGAUAUCGAAAGUGGGUCAUAUGAAGAGAAUCCUCCAGGGAACUAAGGAGCUGGCCAAGGUCUCCAUGGUCGACCUUUAACCUGGGAGCAAUAACUGCCAGAGAGGGGGAAGCCACACAUUCCCCCCUAACGUGGGAGUUUGGGAGCACCGUAGGCAGAGAGAGAGAGAGAGGAGAUGGGUAUUCAAGUGGAGCCGGCUUUAACCGCUCCGCCGUGAGCGCCUUCGUGACGGUGGACGGGACCAGGACGUGCGAGUGUGCCUGUGUGCGCGUGUGUGUGCGUGUUCGUGCUGCGGUGCCAACAUGACAGUCCAGAAAGCUGAGGAAAGUUCAAAAUGGAAGUCAAGAAUCUUCAUAGCAACAACAAAAAAAGAAGCCAUUUCAAAGUUAAUAACCACUCAUAGCACACUAUCAGGUAUGCAAGAAUCCAUAUUAAUAACUAGUUGUCUGAUGAACUAGUAGCAUAACUAAGACUUCCAUGAGUUUGGGGUUCACUUUGAGUUGGAGUUGAACGUGAACUGCAGAUGAAUCUUGAGCAUUAAAGCAACCCUCGGGAUUUCUGCCGAAGCAGAACAACAAACAUCUCCAUCUGCUGUCGGGGCGCGGUCGCAUGCUACGCUUGCUAAACUUUUAAGUAUCUUUAACUGCAUGAUUAGUGUCUUGAUUUUUUUGGUGUGCAAGAUAACACUUGAAGAAGUUUUACAUGUCUUAUUAAGUAUUACGAUGCCAUUUGUUACUACUGAAACCAAGAUGGUGUGCUUAUUUUUUUUUUCUUCUCUCGCUCGAUUUUAUUUAUUUUUGCUAGCAUGACUAUGACGUGUCAAAGAUUUCUGUCAAGUGCCAUACUUUGGGUCAUUUGUUGUAAAACGUGCUUUAGGGCGGUCAUCAUAGAAAAAUGAACGACGAGGUAGGAAUCGGUGGAGUUGUUGUCUGUGGAUGUGAAAACAGAACCAAAGUGAAUGUUGGAGGAAAACCUGACGGUUUUGUUUCGAGGACCGCGAGGCGUCUCACUUCCACUCAGACAGUUUCCAAGGAGACGCUGCUGGUCAGGGGCCAGACAAAUAUAUUAUAGUAUUGCUCAGUUUUUAUUUUUGUUUGUUUUUUUGUUAGGAAUACCUAAAAAGGCACUUUUCACAUCUUGCUUUAUGCAAGUGCAAAUCCUCAUAUCAUUACAUUGAUUAAAAACAACAACAAAAAAUCACCUCAACUUUGUAUCUUUUGGCAGUUUUAACUAAUGCAAGAUAGCAAUUAGGUAACAAGUUUUGAAUAUGUAACGAAGCAGUUGAUCUUCUAUUUCCACGUUGAUAGAAACUUUUUCCUAUUAGUUUCUUUAAGGUCGAUGGCAUUACAGGGUAUAUUUCUAGAUGUGAUGCUAGGUUUGUACAUACUUAUGCACUGUACAUACGGUAAACAAGUGGAUGCAAACAAUGUUUGUAAGUGUUGUAGCCUUAUGCAUUUUGUAGUUUUGCUGACUUGGCAUGCAUUCGUGAAGAACUCCCCCUUUUGGACAGAGUGUAAAACACCUUAAACAGUCGUGCAUUGCUGAUUUUGUUCUGCUCUCCUGUACAUGUUAACUUUGUUGUAUUCUAAUGAUGGUGCAAUAUCUGAUCUCUUGUUUUGUUUCUCUCUCUUAAACUUUGCAAAAUGAUCUCUAUCUGUUUGGGGGGGGGCAUCUAAAACUUGUGUUUUUAUUUCUGUUUAUGGUUUUUGGUUUCUAUAUUUUUAGUCUGGGACAAUUUUUAAAGUUCGACCCCACAGCUGUUUCUUACAUGCUCCAGACUUCUUCCAGUGGUUGAUUUGUUUGUAGAUUCGCUCCUCUGUGCUUCCAAGAUGAUACUCUAAUAAGACUGUCUGUGAAUGGAUUGACUAGGCAGACGUGACUGUUGUGUUAUCAUGUAUCAUAAUGUUUGUUUGUGCAUUUGUGUGCACAGACAGUUAGUAGCCUGACAUGCAAGCAGUUGUAUAAGUUCAGCUGCAAAACAAUCCGUAUUUUUGCCUUUUUUUUUUUUUUGGCUUAAAAAACGAAUCAAUAUUUUGCAGGUUAUGAUACCCUGUUAGAUUUGCACAUUCAAAUGUAUUCGUCCCUAUAAGACAUUAUGAGAGAACAGAGGAAGACAGGCGAUAAAGCUUUUUUCAUUUCUUCCAAUGCAACGUGACAUUUGAUAACUGAGGCUAGGGAUUAAUAGUUGGUCAUUUUAGCUUUGCAGUAGCUGCGUUUCCAUUACAAAUGUGCGCAAAACUUUGUUGGUGUUUCGCUGAAGUGAAGUCGCAGUUGCGGUGUUUCCUCUAAAUAAGACACAAUUAAAAUCCCACCUGAAUAACUGUUCACGUCAUUAAGAAACCAUUCUGCACCAUCAUCCUCCUGCCACUUCCUGUCAUCUUCUUUGUCAUUUCCACCAGUAGUAACAUCUGGUUGUUGAUCACAUGACUCGUGUGAUGUGAAAAAAGUGUUUCCAUUGCGGUUUCAUGAAAUACACUAAUUUCAAUACGGCGGCGUAACCACCUCAUCCUAGCUCAAAACCUUUUCUUUUAGAAAAACUUGAGUUUUUUCAAAAUUGUAGUGUUUCUAUUAAUUGAAUUUAUUUUUUCUAUCCCAGUAUGAUCAAUGGAAACGUAGCUAUUGUAUCCCUUUCAGUUGAUAUUACGCUAAUAGUGUCUUACAGUGCAAUUCAUACCACUUGGUGCCACAACCUUCAAUGUACUUCAGGUGAGUUGACAGCAACUCACCUGCAUGGCUUUCAGUUGUUUCUGAUAAGUGUGGCACGCAUCACUAUUUUGCCUUCUUGGAGAACCACUUUUGGUGACCUAAAGAUUCAAAAUCUUGCAAAUUCCUCUUGUCAAAACAACUCGAACUCUGUCAAAUUGGAUGGAGAAACUUUUUAAGCCUCCAAUUUUUAAAUCUUGGAUUUAUAUGUGGACUUUAGCUAGGCCGUUUUAACACAUGGAUUUACCUAGAUCUAAGCAUUGUCACCUUGGAUGUGUCUUCUGACAGUCUCACCUCUCAAGUCUUUUGCAGUUAUUUCCCGUCUCGAUCUCAUCAACUAUGGCUAGUUUCUCUUUCCCUGCUGAUGAAAACAUCGCCAAUCCAUGAUGCUGCCACCACCAUGUUUCAUGGGGUUUGUGUUUUCAGGUUUGUGUAUAUCGUUAGUUUUCAACACGUAUAUGCCAAACAGCUCUGAGCAGUUUGUUAAAGUUUUUACUCUCAGCUUACUUUUGUGGGAAAUUGGUUGCAUGUUGUUGUAUUUAGAGGCAUCAGACUAAAAACGGGUGAGUAAAAAUGCAAGCAAACACUUUCUAAAUUUUUAUUCAUAUAAAAAAAAAACUGCUAAAAAAACAAUCAUUUUAAUUUUCUUUGCACUCUGCAGUUAUGUGCUACUGAGUGUUGGUUUGCCACAUAAAAUCUUAUUAAAAGGCAUUGAAGUUUGUGGCAGAAAAAUAAUUAAUCAUGUAUGAAUUGUUUUGUAAAGUACUUUCUGCAUUUAAUGUAGGUAGGUGCAAAACAAAACAAACCGGUUCAACUUCUCUUGUUUUGAGGGACCGCAAGCCCCCAAAAGGUGACUGGAUGCAUCGUCGUGUGUAAUCUGUAACAUCCCACAAGGGGGCGAUCUAACACACGUCAACUCCCAAAAGCAGGCAGCUGAAGCUCUCGACAGUUUCUUACAGCGACAAUCAGUUCGGUUGACUGUGGAGCUCCUCACUGAUUUGAACACAAAAUCGAGCCAGAUUUAAUCUUUAAAGACAUAAAUAUGUGUCUUAUUUUCUUAUCUUGCUGCCAAAGAUAUUUGUUUUAUGAGAACUGACAUCCCAUUGCAGUGUUAGUCCUUGAUGAGGGAUCAUUUAUAGCCUCUCUACGCCCCGUCGCCGUUUUAGACCAGAGUUCUCCUCUUUAAUAUUUAACAUGCUGGGUUUCCCACUGGUCUGUAAAUAAUGCUGCAAACUGCCUGUUUUUUGUUUUUUUUACCAAAACCAACUGAACCCACGCGGAUCUGUAAAAGACAAUUGAACACAUCGUCGACUUUUUUUUUUGGAGGGGGGGAGAGGGGUUGUGUGAUUGUGUGUUUUUAAGUGACGGGAGAAAAGAAAAGUGAGUUUCAUUUGUUUACAUUACGUUUACAAUGGCACAAGUUUCCUUUGUAAGACUAUAUAUGUAGCUACAGACAAUAUUUGCAUAUUUAUUGCCUAAGGUUUAAUGAUAUAAUGUGUAUUGUGUUUUCACAGUUGGAAUAUAAUGUUACAGUUCUCACCUCUAUUACUUAUCUGGAUGAUUUUGGUAAAGUAGUUGAUAAUUUCUAUGACUACUAUAAGUGACUGUUUUCUGUGCCUUUUUAUGGUUAGAAUGCAUGGUUACCUAUUUAUUACAAUUUGGAGUCACUGAGAUGUGUAUUUUUGUAUUCGGAAUAAAUAAAUGAUUCAGCCCUUGUUGUACAUUUUAAGGUGCCUUGAAUCAGGCCACCUGUUCAUAUCUCUCUUCUUCAAUAAAACCAAAUACAUAUGCA